AUGCAGAAUAUAGAUCAGACUUGGAUGGUUCUCAUUAAUGCCACUCCCUACACGUGGAAGAGGGGGUACAUCCACCAGUACCAGAUGCCUGACUGGCUAGAUGACUGUCCCGAAUACAUUCUUCCUGGGCAGUCUAUUUCCGUUUGGAUCCAGCCGGCAGAAGGGUUUUUCAACUGGAGAGACUCUGGUGCCGAUGUCGAGUACCGCCUUGUGGGCACCUCGAAACCAACGUCGUUCAUGCUCAGGUUCAGCAACACCUACCCAAGCUCCCUCAAAAUCGAGUUUCAGGAUGAACUGUUCUCGUUAAAUAAUCUCAAGGAUAGCAAACACGAUCUCGGCGUGAACAAAUUCCCCGGCGGCUCGGCUUUUAUCCUCGCAGGCAAAGAAGGCGAGUUCAUCACCAACGAUCCGCCUAUCGACUGGAUGCAAGCCAUGCUCCCUGAACUCGCCGACGUUCCCUUGCGAAACAUUCUUCUCCCAAGGUCGCACCACUCUGGCAUGUGGAAGAGCUUCCAGAGGGUUGGCUUUGGACAGCCGUCAAACACCCAGACUCAGAGCAUCCAUCUUCGCCAUCAGCUCGGCAAUGGCGGCAUCCGCGUUCUUGAUUUCCGUCCUGUCAGAAUCGGAGACGACUUUCGCGAGUCACACGGAGGCCACCUACUCGGUUCGUACCAUGGUGUCCUUGGGGCAUCUCUGCGUGAGAUGAUUGGAUUCGUCAACGAGUUCAACCAGAAGUAUCCUGGCGAGCUGAUCAUCUGGGAUGUGCACGGCGAUCAAGCCUGGAACGGAGAUCGUAAUUUUCAUCCACUGAAUCAAGAUGAUCGAGAGGCUCUGUAUGCCCAGUUCUUGGAUUUAGAGCAUAGAAUGAGCUUCCCCGAUAACGACACUGAUGUCUCUCAGUGGUCUCUAAGCCGCUUCAUCGGCAACAAGUCUUCUGCGGUCAUUGUCAACUUUGACGAAACUUGGCGACAAAUGGACGGCGACAAAUUUCCUGGCAGCCAACACGGAUUUGUAACGGGCAGAAAUUUUCCUCUCACCCAUCAGUGGAGCAAUGCUGCGCACGUCCAUGACAUGGUUCAUGAUCAAGUGAACAGAUUCCACGAAGUGCGUCCGACACCAGACAGCCCCGUACACAUUGCUGACUGGGUUGUCACGCAGCAAGGCAUACAAGCAGCGCUGCCUACGCACAGCAUCCUGGAAAUGGCAGCUGGGGCGUGGCGAUCGCUGUUUGAGGAUCUGUGGCGGCAAUCGACGAGCGAAACGUAUCCAAAUUGGGUGGCGGUGGAUAAUGUCCGCGGGAACCAGCACAAGAGCCUGAUUAUGGCGAUGAAUCACUGCCUUGUAGCUAAGAAGUGUGGUGAAAUGGGCGGCAAGGUUAAGAUGGAGGCCGAGAGUGGGUAG